CAGGGCCACUUCAGCAGCCGCAGCGACGUCUGGUCCUUCGGCGUGACUCUGUGGGAGAUGCUGACCCUGGGGCGACAGCAGCCCUACGAGCGCCUCUCCGACGAAGGCGUCAUCGAGAACCUGUCGCACUUCUACCACGACGACGGAGGGGAGAUGUUCCUGUCGCAACCCGCCCUGUGCCCGAGGGAGAUCUACGACCUCCUGCAGGAGUGCUGGAGACGCAACGAGGCCGACCGACCCAACUUCAGGGACAUCCACGUCUUCCUCCAAAGGAAGAAUCAGGGCUAUUCGCCGGAGGCGUGAAGGAUGGGGUGGGUGACUGUUUACGGGAAGACCAAAAAUGGAACGGAGGUCAUCCUACGGAGGAUAGAGUGAAGCGGUUGGAGAGCCCGCGGGAGGCACCAUUUUGAGUCGACGUUUCGCUCUUCGUGGCUCUGUUUUCCGCGCUUUCUCCCUCGCUCUCGCAGAUCCAUCCGCCUCCUACCAUUCCUCACGAAAAAGCUUUAUUUUACAAGGUAUCCGGUCAUGGAGGAAGAAGAUUGGUCAUUUAGAAUGAUAAAGAAGGAAAUUGUGAUAUGUUAUCGUCUGCUGGUGUCGCCCGGACGUCAUUCUGGAGAGAUAAUGGACUCUUAAAUACGUGAUCUUCCGCGACAUGUCCGCGACGUUAAGUAGUGCUUGUAUCGGACCGAAAGUAUAUUUUGCCAAAAAAACGGUGAUAGUCAAGACAAUCAUUUACUAUAUUUGAAUGGAAUGAUUACAGGAUUCCUAAAGGGAAGUAACGAUAGAAACAGUAAAGGUUAAAGCUCUUACUGCACUGAAAAAUGUGUAUGGCGGAAUGGUACAAAUU